AUGGCUUUGCAGAUUGCGAGACGUUUCCUCCGAAUCCACACAACAGAUGAGGUAUUCACAACCACCUUCAGGAACCCUACCAACAGGCUCUUCUCGCCGACGGAUCGGAGCUAUUCUUCUAGCUCCUCCGAUCUCAUUCGCGCCACUCUCUUCCCCGGCGACGGUAUUGGUCCCGAGAUCGCAACCUUUGUCAAACAGAUAUUUAAUGCUGCAGAAGUCCCAAUUGAAUGGGAAGAACAUAACGGAGGGACAGAAGUAGAUCCCAUAACCCAAAGCUUUGUCACAUGGGAAAGUCUAGAAUCUGUAAGAAGAAACAAGGUUGGAUUAAAAGGACCCAUGGCUACACCAAUUGGAAAAGGUCAUCGUUCCUUGAAUCUCACUUUAAGAAUAGAACUAAACCUGUAUGCAAACGUCAGACCAUGUUACAGUCUACCUGGUUACAAAACUCGAUAUGAUGAUGUGAAUCUCAUCACAAUCCGUCAAAACACAGAAGGAGAAUACAGUGGUCUUGAACAUCAAGUUGUCAGGGGAGUUGUUGAAAGUCUUAAAAUCAUAACACGUCAUGCAAGUUUGAGAGUGGCUGAAUAUGCUUUUCAUUAUUCUAAAGCUCAUGGUAGAAAAAGAGUUUCAGCUAUACAUAAAGUUAACUUCAUGCAGAAAACUGAUGGCUUAUUUCUAAAGAGAAAUGAGGUUCACCGAUGGGAGUGCCAUAAGAACCAAAGCAUCAAAUCUAAAGCAUAUGGAAAAUGCAUCAAAUCUGAAGCAUAUGGUGAUGUAGUGAGGUUCUACACUGGAGCCAUGCCAAUAUUUAAGGCAUAUAGGGACUCCUCAUUGCAGGAUUGUAAGAAAGCAUCUGAAGAAGUAAUUCCAGUUAUCAUUAGCAAGCUUCAUGAUUGGCUAAGCAGGGCGACAACUUGGGCUAAGUUCAGCGCGACAGGUGGACUAGGUGUUAUCCAUGGAGGCCAUUUACAUUCUGCCGUGUUAUUGAUUGAAAAGAAGGAUGAAGAAGGUCAAUCUCAUGUUCUUUCAGCAGCUUUAGAGAUUGCAGAAGGGGAGACUUCAGAAGUUGAUGCGAAAUACCGAGCAUUAGUGGCUAUUGGAUCACUGCGAGGUGGGUUAAGACUUUCAAGAUCUAUUGGAGAUAGAGAUGUUGGGGAGUUCAUUAUUCCAGUUCCUCAUGUCAAACAAGUGAAGCCAUCUUCUGCUGGUAGGCGGCUUGUAAUUUCAAGUGAUGGAGUCUGGGAUGCUCUUUCCGGUGGACAGCAGCCCAGUACAGUACACCAGGUCAUGACAAACUAA